AUGAUCAUAUCUCUUUUUCUGGCAUUCAUCGGUCUUUUGUGGCUGGUACAUCGUGUUUCGGUGCUCCUAUCGGUUAAGGUCGACAAGGCUGUCAAGGUCCUCAAUGUAUCCGUCCCUAGCGUCCCCCUAAUAUCUGUGGAUAAAGUUACUUAUCACAGUAUUGUGCUGCAUUGGGACUGCGAGGGAUCCAAUGGAUCCAAUGGAUCGGGUAGUCCUGGAGCUGUCAAUGUCGACUCUGAAAAUCCAAGGGAUAAUCCCUUGCAGAGCUUGUCUUCUGCGGGUUUGGAUGGGCCUCCUCUACUAUCUCAGGCAUCUCCUGCCUCGAUAAGCCAUUUCGUUCUCUAUAUAAACGGUCUGGAAGCCUCUGUUGUCGAUGGAGCGAAGCAGAGCUGUACAUUGGAAGGUCUCAAUCCCAAUACCAAUUACGAGAUAGAUCUGGUGGCUUUCAAUAUGGCCAAUUUCAGAUCUCGAAGUUCACCUAUAUUCGUCAAAACUGCCUCCUCUGCCGCAUCUGGUAGUGAAUCUAAUACAGUUGGUGAAUCUGGGACUUCUCUGGAUCAUCCAGAUGUUUUGCUUCGAGCUUUGGUACCGAAUGGGUCAAGGGCAAGUCAAUUAAUGGUGCAUGAAGCCUUCAGAUCAAGAUCAAGAAGCUCUGCCAUCGAUGGGUCCUCGAACUUAACUUUUGAGCCGUUUGAGCCCAUAAGAACUGCGCCUAACCUUAUAACAGACAUCAAUGAAUUGAAGUUUUUGCUAGAAAGUGGAUUGGAUGAAGUCCGAAGUUUGAUGAAGUCAUACAGAGAGGCAGAGCAAGAGUUCAAGGAUGAAGAAGCAAAUUUGGUUUUGGCUCGUAAUGAAGCAAGACAAAGAAGACGUAUCGAAGAUUCCAAUAGAGCAAAUAUCCGCCAAGAAAUCAAGUAUCUUGAAGAACAGCGAAUGAAAACCGAGAAUAGGCUGUCUGCAGACCGAACGAAGCUGGCUCUUAGGCUAAAGAAGAUGGAGCAAAAGCAGAAUCAAAUUGCGUCGUGGCGGAUCAUGACCAAUGAAAUGCAGCAUAAAAGAAGUUUGCAGGGUGAUAAGCUGCCGAAGCUGCAGGAGGAGAGAGUACAUGAAAUUCAGGAUCUUAAUAAGGAUGUUUUCUCUUUACAAGCAGAAGUACAUGGCUUAGAUUCCGAAAUAAAAUCCGAUUUGACCCAGAAAAAACCGCUGGAUCUUCAGAAGCAGGAAAUCGUGUUGAUGCUUUCACUUAUUGAGCAAGAGACAGACCUUCAGACCGGGCUUGUUAAACCUGCAGCUGAAGAAGAGCUUCAAAAGUUGUUUAAAUUGAAGCCAGAAUGGCAAAAGGAGCUCACAGAUGAAGUUUGUAGUAUAGACAAGAGAUCUGAAGCAGAAUGGAGAGGUCUCCAGAAGAAAGAGUUUCAGAAAAUAGAGAAAUUGAAAAGGCAGAUGGAUGAACUUAAUGAACUCAACAGUCUUAGUGUCGCUGUAAGCGGUAAUGCUUUCAGUAGUAUGAGCAAUACUGUUCCUUCACCUUCAUAUUCGGCUUCUCAGAAUUGGUCUGAGUCUUCCUCUGAUAUGAAUCAUCUCUUACCGCAAAAUCUUAUUGAUGCGGACGAUAUAUCCCAGGUUCAGGUCCCACAGGUUUUAUCGAGGUCUCUAGAUGCUUCGCAGGCACCUUCUGCUCCUUCAUCCGCCACAGGCUCUGCUGCUUCACCUGGUGGUGGUAUAGGUAUCCUUUCUGGAGGUGUUUACAGUGAUAUCAAUUCUCCUAUGGAUUACCCGAUUACGUCUCUUGGUGUUCUUGCCAGCAAUGCAUCUAAUUUUGCCAAUGGGAACAUUGUUGGUUCGCCACAAUCCUUACGCGCCACGCCUCUUCAACCUACUGACAGCGUAAUCUCAAGUUCGUUCUUGGAUAUGAAUUCACAGACAUCGCCGUUUGCUACUUCGUCCAUUGCUGCCAAUGCUGGCACACCAAUGGAAAUUGCCUUAUCGUCAUCCCUGCCUGGUUCUCAAGAGCUGGAUGAUGCUACCAAAAAUUUAAGUUAUAAUCGCCGUUCUGUCUUUGAUGGAUUUUCUACUAUUGGGUCGAAUGUUAGCAAUCGGAGUAUUGGUAAUUCACCCUCACAUAAAGAGGGGGUACCUGUUCAGUUUUCGAACCUGUUUAGCACACUAUCUCAAGAAUCAGCUGCCGUUGUUGCUGCCGCUGUAAGUGCUGACGGUGCGAGCGUCGCGAAUACUACUGACUACGGUAAGAGCUCGCUGGAACUGAUAUCACGCGCCCGUAGCACUAGUUUUGGCUCGAGCAUUUGGAGCAAUAACAACACCAAUGCUGCAGCUGGCGGUAAGAGUAUGUGGGGUAACUCUCUUGGUGUGCUGGGUACACCUAUAGCAAUUGUUGGUAGUAACGAGGAGAUGCCACAACAGAAAAGUUCUGGGUCACACAGAUUACUGCAUGGUGUUGCUAGAUUGAAAACGUGGGGUACUUCAAGUACAUCGUCAUCCUCGGAUACUGUGGAAGAAAAUAACUUUGAGCAGCGGGAAGGAGAGGAAGAUGGAGAAGGAAACUCGCACCAGAGUUCACCCUCAUUCUUCAGGAGCAAGAUCUUCAAAUUCGGCACAAGCCCAACGAAAACUGCCACGAAGUCUAGCGAUAAGUCCAAUAUUGCCAUAACACUUUUGCCAGAAGAGCCCACCGAAUUACAUGGGAUUGACAACAAAUCGAAUAGUGGAUCGUCUUCAGGGCAUUUGGGAAGUGGCUUCGGCUCGAGAUCGUCAAGAUUUUUCAAAUUGGGUUCCAGGAAAGCUUCGUUACAUCCACAAAGUGGAGGAACCGUGGAGAAUAGCAAUGCAACUGGACAAUCUGGAAAUGAAGGGAUGGAAAAUGCAUCGUCUGGAUCUAAUGGAAGUAUGUUUUCUAGGAAGCUAAACUUUGGAUUCAAGAGAGAUAAAGAUAAGGUGGACAGAAUAGAAGAGGAGUAA